AAGCUGAUCAGAGGUCAGUGCUGGUUUGAGUUCAGGAAAGAACAACACUGAAUGUUUCUGUGCUGUAACAUGAAAACAUGGUUUCAGUCUUUUCACCUGAGUUUUGUUGCUCCAGGUUCAAAGUGUUGAAAUGAAGCAGCUGCUGAUUCAGAUACCUGAGCUGUUGUGUUGUAUCUUCCUGAUCCAGGACAGACUGCUCACCUGGACUGUUUCAUUCCUCCUGUAUCACCUGUGUUAUAUAUCAGCCUGAUGUAGAAACUGUCUGUAUCCACCCGGUAGAACAUGUGUGUUAGAACAGCACAGUUAUACAGUCAAUAUGGAGGAUUUACUCUCAGAGAUUUGACAGGAAUCAACAGAUAUUAAGGAGGUAUUUUCCCUCCGAAGCAGCAGGUGGCGCUAAAGUCUCCGACACGCUGGUGACGCGGCGGAAGUGACGUAAUUUUCGCGGGAAAUGCAGACGGCUUCUCUCGGUGUCCUCGGUGUCUCUGUAACGUCUUCGUCCUUCACGAUCCUGGUUCUGAAUCGAGGCAGAUAAACGGCGCAGAUCGGCUUCAGUCCGGGACCAGAGUCUGUGUUUCAGUGUUUCUUCUCCUGAGUUGAAUCUGACAGAGAAGAAACAGGAUGAAGUAUUUCACCAGACUGAGAGUCAGGAGAGUCUACAAGUGGCGUGGAGAGCCUUUAAGUUUCAACAGGAAGUUAAAAACCUGUGAAUACAGCUCUCUGUCCAUCAGUGUGGAGGGUCUCCCGAGGACCACCGUCAUCUCCACCGGCCAACACAUCCUCAUCGAGGGGGAGGAUGAAGACAACCCGUACGUGGCCAGAGUCAUCCGGCUGUUCGGUGACGAGAGCGGGAAGCAGAAGAAGGCGGUGGUUCAGUGGUUCGUCCGCGUGUCUGAAGUGCCUCCGAGCAAACUGAAGCUGCUGGGCAGAGAGCCUCACCCGCAGGAGAUCUUCUACUAUCAGGGUCGCAGCUGUGACGACGAGGUCAACGCCGAGUCCAUCCUCAGACCUGUGCAGGUGAGGCACCUGGACGGAGCGGCCCCGUUCCCGGACUCUGACGAUAAAGACACUCUGUAUGUGAAGCUGUCCUGGGACUCCAAGACCUUCAGGGUGGUGGACUCUGCCUCCGCUGAACCGGCUCCGGCUUCCUCCCCUCCUCCCCGUCCCAAACCCUCCCUCCCUCCCUCGCCCCCCUGCUCCCCGCCCGCGGCAGCUCCGGCGUCUCGCGGCCCCUCUCGGCGUGCCCUGCCCACGCCGGACCCCGCCAUCCUGCGCAAAGCCUCCUCAGGGGAAGUGAGGUACAGCAGGGCCACGAUGAGCGCGGGGAAGGUUGCUACCGCCGCCGAGGCCGAGUCCCUGCACUCUGCCACCAAACUGUCGGCCCUAAAAUGUCUGAGCGCCAAGAGGAGGAACGCCUCGAACGCCUCGGCCAGACGCCCGGAGUCCGCAAGAAGCUAGAGCUGAGCAGUCCAGAGAAGAUGACCCGAGAGGACAUCCUGAGCCAGCUGCUGGACCAGGAGCUGGAGUCGGGGAAGGAAGUCCUGUCUUCCAGAAGUGGAGAGAGCCUAGAGGAGUCACUGAAGAGAUCCAUGACAGAUGAGUGAAUAACACACCUGUACGUCACCACAGAGUGUUUUUGUUUCUCAAAAUGUAGAAAAUAGUCGACCUCAUCCUUCAAGAGAAAAAUCCACAAACAUGCGCUAUGAAGCAGAAACUUCACACUUUGUCUCUGAAAGUCGUCGUAUCGUUGAGCGUUUCUUUUGGAAGAGAGACCAAGACCACAAAUAACAAGAUAACUCAUCUAAAAAGCAGAAUCACACACCGAUUCAGAGAAUCACAGCAGUAUUUAAAAUAUCAGAAAGCAGGAAUGAGGGACUGUGUGUUCUUUUACUUUGCUAAGAGGAAGAAGAAAAGGCUGUUUGGAUGAAAGUCAGGUAUAAAUGCAGCCUCUGAACACUUGUUAUUGUCUGUCUGUGACAGCUGGUUGUCUUGCAGCAGAAUCCUCUCGUCGUGUGAUGAAUUCCUGUGUUUGUGU